AUGUCCAGCAGUCUGUUGGUGAAAACCCUGGAGGCCCUGAGCCUGGAUUCUGGCUAUGCUGCCGGAGAGCCCUGCCCUUCUCUCAGCCUGUCUUCCUCCGGCAAGUCGAAACAGACUCCGACGAACACAAGCACACCUCCUCGGGGUGUCAGGUGGCAGUAUGCCGGCUCUCUGGACAGCAGGAACGGCAGCUGGGACACGGUGAACUCUCUGCCGGAGGACGCGGCGGACAUCCUAGCAAAGUGUCCCUGCCUGCCCGAGCUAGAGGAGUGUCCCUGGACGGAGCAGGAGCUACGGGAAGUGGUGCUCCGAGUGGCCGGUUCCUCUGCGUCGUUCACUGGUGAGGCAGUCCACCGGCUGUCCGUUCUGCUCCGGAGGGCUUUGGUGCGCAUCUCCAGGGAGGCGCAGCGGCUCAGUGAGCUCCACAGGCGGUGCACGCGCCUGGAGGUGCAGAGCGCGGUGAGGCUCGUGUUGAGCUGGGGUCUGGCCGAGAAAUGCCUCUCCUCCUCGGUGAAGGCUGUGUCCCUGCACUGUAUGAGCUCCGGAGACACCAGCCAGAGGAGACAGUCCGCGCGCUGCGGGCUGACGCUCUCCGUGGGCUGCUUCUUCAGGUGGAUGGUGGAAGCACGCGUGUCCGUUCGCGUGCACGAGUACGCAGCCGUGUGUCUGACAGCCUGCAUGGAGAGUCUGAUGGAGGAGGUGGCCGGACGGGCGGUGCAGGUAGCGAGGCUGACCGAGGAGGAGGAAGGGGAGCAGGGCGGCGGAGUCAGCUGCUGCCCGGUGACCGUGGAGCUGCUGGAGGGAGCUGUCAACAACGACGCGGAGCUGUGGGGGCUUCUGCAGGUGUACGAGCACCUGAUCUGUGGGAAAAACGCAAAUGGUGAGCUUUCACUGCCGGCUCAGGUCAGCCCGUACACAAAGCGUCCCAUGGAUUUGAUGGAGAUCAGGGAGGACGCCUACAUCCAGUUGGAGCUGAGAACACUCGAACAGGCUCUCCUGGCCACCUGUGUAGGCAGCAUCGCAGAGCUCAGUGAUCUUGUGUCUCGAGCAAUGCACCACAUGCAGCGUCUGCGCUGCUCGAGCUCCCUCACCAGCCCGGCUCACUCAGCCAAUCAGACGUCAGUAUCCUGGGCCCCAGACGCCCUGCGGACACUCUACUACUUCCUGUCAAGCCCACAGAUGGAGUCACUGGAAAACCCCAACGUGGAGCCUCCAACCACAAUGCUGAGCAGAGAGAGGCCGUUCCUGCUCCUCCCUCCUCUCAUGGAGUGGAUUAGAGUCGCCGUUGUGCACGCCGAACAUCGCCGCAGCCUGUUGGUGGACAGUGAUGAUGUCAGACAAAGCGCCAGGCAGCUCCUCCCAGGGUUGGACUGUGAGCCCAGACAGCUGAGGUCUGCGUGCUGCUUCCAGUCGUUGAAGUGUUUAAAUGCAGAAGCUGCUUCAGCAAAGUUUCAGCUCGAUCUGGGCUUCAGGAUGCUCUCAUGUGGACGAGCAGAUCUGGUCCAUCAGGCCGCUCGGCUUCUGGGAGCUAAGGGGGUGAAUACUCUUGAUGACCAGGGGAUGACUCCUCUGAUGUAUGCCUCUGCAGCCGGAGAUGAAGCUCUGGUUCAGAUGCUCAUGGAGGCCGGCGCUCACCUGGACCUGCAGGUCCCUGGCUGCUCUCCUAGACACCCAUCGGUUCACCCUGGCAGUCGUUGCUGGGUGGCACUGACCUUCGCUGUACUGCACAGUCAGCUGUCUGUGGCUCAGCUGCUGUUGGAGGCCGGCGCAGAUGUGGAGGGAGGGGCUCUGCUGGACGGUCAGGAGAGCUCAGCUGAAACGCCGCUGCAGCUCGCUGCUGCUGCAGGCCACUAUGAGAUGGUGAGCUUGCUGCUUGCUCAUGGAGCAGACCCUCUGCUCAGAGUGCAUCAUGGGAGUUCAUUAACAUCACCGCUGUACGAGGACAUGAACUGCUUCAGCUAUGCCGCAGCGCACGGACACAGGAACAUCUUGAGGCGUCUGCUCCUGCAGCCUCAGCCCAGGAAGGAGGACAUCCUCUCUUUGGAGGAGAUCCUGGCUGAAGGAGUGGAGAAGGAGGAUUGUGGAUUGAAAAUGGGAUCGCCUGACUCUCAGAGCUCUGCUCCUCAUCUGUGUAAGGCUCGGAUGAAAGCCCUGCAGCAGGCGGCGUACUACAGCACCGAGCACGGCUACCUGGAUGUAACCCUGGAGCUCAGAGAGAUGGGUGUUCCCUGGAGGCUCCACACCUGGCUGCAGUGUCUGCACAGAGCUGAGCAGCUGAGCAGAGACAAAGUCAUCAUCUCCCUCCUCUCAGAGUUCUCCUCCAUUGGAACGGAUGACUACUGCCCCGAGCUCCUCUCUUCAGGCGUCCCGCUCAUGUUCAGCAUGAUGGAGACCAGCAAGGAUUAUGGUAUAACCAAGCGUUUGGCGUCUGUGAUCUCUCACUGCUACGGCUCCUCUCCUGUCCCUCCGAUCCCUCCACUGGACGUCACUCUGUCCACACAGCUGGAUAUUCAUUUUCUAAAUAACCCAGAGAUGUCAGACGUGACCUUCAUGGUGGAUGGCUGUCCGUUCUUUGCUCAUCGGGUGCUGCUGAUGUCAGCGUCUGAACGGUUUCGACAGAUGCUCUGUGACUCACCCAAUGACAUCAUCCACAUAAGUCACAUGACCUACAGCACAUUUCAGAUGAUGAUGAAGAGUCUGUACUGUGGAGGAACAGAGGGGCUGACACUGUCUCAUUCUGAGGCCAUGAAGCUGUUGCCGGUGUCAUCGUUCUUCCAGCUCAGAGGUCUGCAGAGGAGCUGUGAGAUGAAGCUGUCAGAAAGGGUGACUCUGGACAAUGUAGUCAACAUUUAUCAGACUGCAAAGCACCAUGGAGCAGCUGAACUCUGCAGGUUUUGUGAAGGAUUCUUCCUGCAGAACAUGGACCAGCUCCUGGACCAGGAGGACUUCUACCGUCUGUUACUGGGCGGGCUCGGUCAGGAGCUGCUCUGCCUCGGGAUGGAAACAGAAAACAAGGACUCAGGGUUUCUCCUCAGGACUUUAGAGGAAACGUUAAUCGACAGACUGUACGAGCUGCACUCUGCGUGUCGAGAGUAAAGCAGUCACGCUCUUAUCUGAGUGUGAAGGAGGGAAUAGUAGCCAUUCAGGUUGUAGGCAUGUUUUACUUUUUCAAUCCCAUGUGUUUUUGAUAUGAUAAAUCCUUGUUACUUUUUAAAUGACUGGCUUUAACAACUGAUAUCUAUUUCAUCAGACAGGUUCUUAGGAGAUAAAUGAAACCAUUCAAAAUUGCAAGAAAACUCUUUACCAUCCAAAUCACACAAAAUCAUUAGCAAUGUGCCCUCACAGAAAUGUUGGCCAUGAUUUUGUGCAAUUUAAACAGCGUUUAGGAACGUGCUUAUUGGGUGCCUAGGACUUGGGAUGGGUAUCACUUGGGUUUAUCUUAUAGUGUUGCUAAAUCAAUACAUUUUAUACGGUGCCAGUGCCUAAACUGUGCCUUGAUCUAAACUUUUGAGACGGAGAAAGUGUGUUGAAAGUCAGCGGGAGACUAACAGCUGUCUGGGUAUCAUAAAUAACUCAAAGAAAUAUCUUUAUAAGACGCCAGAGGAAUGUGGGAUAAGAACAAGAAACCAGUGUAACAACACAUAAAUUAUACAAAUUCCAUACCAAUUUAAUUUCUUGCCUUUACUAGGGUGGUGUAUUGGGAGGCUGUUGAAAUCAAGUUUUGAUUUCUGUUACAAUUUGGUCUGGUAGUUAUCGGAUGUUAGCACUGGUACCCUGUUGGUACCGGAUAUGUCUGUUUGUGUUGCAGACACUGAUGUUUUAUAUUUAUGAAUAUCAAGUUAGGCUUACAGUUCAUAAAUAUAGCUGUAGUCGUAGUCAUCGACAUGUGAGUGUAGAAGAAGAAUAAUCAUUAUCUAUGCUUUAAAGUUAUUAAUUGUAUUUAUUUAUUUUGACACAAGUGACAUUUUCUGCAACCAGAAUGACAAAAUCUAUAUUUGUGAUUUUACAACCCUGAUUCCAAAGAUGUUGGGACACACUCCAGCAUUCCUUUUCUUUUUUCAAACCUUUAAUUUAUUUUAGUAUAAACACAAAAUGCACUUACAGAACACUUAAUUUGGUGCACCUGUUCAACUGCUCAUAAUGCUGACUCAACCAUGACACACUUAAAGUCACUAGAAUCACCUCUCAUCAUUUUGAUGCUCAGUUUUAACUUAGGCCGCCACACACUAGAAGAUUUUAAAAUCUUCAAUGAUUAAAAAAAGAGAAUCCAGACAUGAGAAUUUCAAAAGAUUUUCAUCUUAAAUCCUCUGAACGCACACACUAGGCCAGUGGUUCUCAACUGGUCAGGCAUCAGGACCCACUACCUCCUCCCUAAGAGAAAUCACGACCCAAAUUUAAAAAAAGAAAUUCUGUAUUUAUUUCAUGAAUGCUGGUUAAUCAGUAGUCACUGGUUAAUCAGUAUUCUUGGCUACCAUUGCACCAUGAGGACAACGAACACUCCAAAAAAGUUGAUAUUUGUACCCUAAAUAUAAAAACUUAAUGAACAAAGAGACAGGACUAAACAAACACCCCACUUUCCCAAGAUAGCAUGGAGCUUUGAUAAUUUCUCUAAGAAUUUUCUUCUUAUCUUGGGUAAACCAGCCUUAUUUCCCAACAACAGGGAGAUGAAUAAAUAGAAACCUUGAGAAAAAUAAUUUUAUUUGUAAUCACAGGAAAACCUGAAACCAAAUACAUGUAUGAAAUUACCGUAUUAGGGCUUCUGCAGAUAGACUGUCAGAUCACUGGGGACCACACAUAUUCCGACCUGUCAACGACCUUGUGUGAUCAUGUGACGUCAGAAAAAAACAUGGAUGUCUGUCGAUACCCUCUUACUGUCCCUCCACAACAGGCUGCCCUGGCAUGUGUUACAGGUGCAGCAAACAUCAUAAAACAAAGGAAAGACUCAGGAUGAAAUCCUGGCUGGCAGUUGUGCUAUGGUUCAUUCUCAUUGGUUGUUGUGGGUACUCCGUCAGAGGCACUAUGACCUAGAAUCGUAAAUAACAAACACGUUUGAUAUUUAUGAUUUGGGGCCUGGGAGAAUACGACAGGAUUUGGAGUGUCAAAAUAAUCAUGUUGACACCACACACGAGGAUGAUUCAGACAAGUGAUCGUUUGCAACAAGGCUUCACUCGGUAUACACCCCCACGGUCGUCGGGGAGGCAAAUGUUGCCUCAAAUCAGGCUUAAAAUGUAGUGUGUGGCCGGCCACAUGCCUGUAUUCCUUAAUUCAUAGGUUGAUUCAUGUGACUUGCCUAUAUAAUAUUUGGAUUAAUAAGCAGUCAAAUAGUUAUACCUAUUGAAGUGGUAGGUGAGAUAAUGCUUUAUGCUUUUCUGUAAAUAUAAACUACCAACUUAAUGAAUGCAAACUUCUUUAAAUUCCACAGCAUCCCUACUUUUUGGAAAUCAGGGUCAUGGAGCAUUAUUCCUAACACAUUCACCUAUAACAACAGAAGCUGUAAGAGGAAGAGAUGUGGUAAUAAGUCAUGUUCAAUUGGGGUUUUUUUUAGUUAUUUCAUCAUUCUUGCAAAAAUGUACAGGUGCAUACAUCCUCUUGGGGCCUUAUGUAAGUAACUUAAGUCAUUCAUUUAUUUAAUCUAAUAAUCAAACUGGUUGCAGUAUUUUUCACUCUGAGAAUGUUUUUAAUAAUCCUUUAUAAAACUUUAGCAUCUUGAAAAUAUAAUAAUUGACUCUAGCAUGGUGUGGUAUCAUGAAUGGAAAAACAGA